AUGUGUCUCGGUGGUGGUGGACGGCACGCAGAGAGAGAGAGAAGCGAUGGAUCCCGGACGAAUAAUCGAGGCGCUGCGGGGAACCAUGGAGCCCAGCCUGAGGCAGGCGGCCGAGACGGAGCUGAACCAGGUGCACAAGAUCAUCAGCUUUGCGCCGACACUGCUGCAGAUUGUCAUGUCUGAGAAUCUGGAUAUGCCUGUCCGUCAGGCAGGUGUGAUUUACCUGAAAAACAUGGUGAGUCAGUUUUGGCCGGACCGUGAACCACCACCUGGUGAGAUCAUGCCAUUUAACAUCCACGAGAAUGACCGUGAGCAGAUUCGCGGCAGCAUAGUGGAGGCCGUCAUUCAGGCUCCGGAGCUCAUCAGAGUGCAGCUCACCACGUGCAUCAGUCAAAUCAUCAAACACGAUUACCCGGGAAGGUGGACAGCUGUCGUGGACAAGGUUGGAUUCUACCUGCGAUCUGAUAACAGCGCCUACUGGCUGGGCAGCAUGCUGUGCCUGCACCAGCUUGUCAAAGCUUAUGAGUACAAGAAACCGGAAGAACGAGGGCCAUUGCUGGAGCCCAUGAGCCACUUCCUUCCCACGCUGCAGGAGCGCUUUGUUCAGCUGCUCAACGACGAUUCACCUUACUCUGUACUCCUGCAGAAGCUGAUCCUUAAAAUCUUUUAUGCGCUCAUGCAGUUCACACUACCUCUGGAGCUCAUAAAUCAACAGACCCUCACUCCCUGGAUGCAGAUUCUUCGCAUUGUGGUAGACAGAGAGGUCCCUGCGGAAACUCUUCAGGUGGACGAGGAGGACAGACCAGAGCUCAUAUGGUGGAAAGUGAAGAAGUGGGCUCUGCACAUCCUAGCCCGUCUGUUUGACAGGUAUGGCAGUCCUGGAAAUGUGACAAAGGAGUACACUGAGUUUUCAGAGUUCUUCUUGAAGACCUAUGCUCUCGGCAUUCAGCAGGUGCUUUUGAAAGAGGUGGAUCUUUAUCGGCAGAAGUUCUACAUGGCUCCACGUGUGUUGCAACAGUCACUCAAUUACCUGAGUACAGGUGUGGCACAUGCUGUCACCUGGAGUGGCUUGAAGCCACACAUGCAGACUAUCGUACGAGAUGUGAUCUUUCCCCUGAUGUGCUACACGGAUGAGGAUGAUGCUUUAUGGCAAGAGGACCCAUACGAGUAUAUUCGUUUGAAGUUUGAUGUUUUUGAAGAUUUUGUCUCUCCAACUACGGCUGCACAGACUCUGUUAUACACUGCAGCCAAAAAGAGGAAAGAGGUUCUGCAGAAGACUAUGGGUUUCUGCUACCAACUGCUGACAGAGGCUGCUGUGGAUCCACGUCAGAAGGAUGGUGCCCUACACAUGAUUGGUCAGCUUGCUGAACUCCUUCUGAAGAAAAAUGUUUACAAGCAUCAGAUGGAGACAAUGCUGCAGAAUCACGUAUUUCCUCUGUUCAGCAGUGAGCUGGGCUAUCUGAGGGCCAGGGCUUGCUGGGUGUUGCACUACUUCUGCGAGGUGAAGUUCAAGAGUGAUGCCAACCUGCAAACAGCGCUGGAGCUCACACGACAUUGCCUCAUUGAAGAGAAGGAGAUGCCCGUCAAGGUGGAGGCAGCCAUUGCUCUACAGGUGCUCAUUUCCAACCAAGACAAAGCCAAGGACUACAUUAAGCCGCAUGUGCGGCCGGUGAUGCAAGAGCUGCUUCACAUUGUGCGGGAGACGGAGAACGAUGACCUCACCAGCGUGGUGCAAAAGAUGAUCUGCGAGUACAGCGAGGAGAUGGCCUCCAUUGCUGUAGAAAUGACACAACAUCUGGCAAUGACAUUCAACAAGGUUAUCCAGAGCAGUGGAGAUGAUGAGAACUCUGAUGACAAAGCGGUAACUGCUAUGGGCAUCCUCAAUACCAUCGACACCAUCCUCAGCGUGGUAGAGGAUCACAAGGAGAUUACACAGCAGCUGGAAGGCAUUUGUCUACAAGUGAUUGGUGUGGUGCUUCAGCAGCAUGUUAUUGAAUUCUAUGAAGAGAUUCUGUCAUUGGCCUACAGCCUCACUUGCCAACAAAUCUCACCACAGCUGUGGCAACUCUUGCCCAUCCUCUUUGAAGUCUUCCAGCAGGAUGGUUUUGAUUACUUCACAGACUUGAUGCCAGUUUUGCACAACUACAUCACCGUCGACACAGACAUGCUGCUAUCAGACUCGCGAUACCUGGAGAUCAUUUACAACAUGUGCAAAAAGGUGUUGAGCAGUGAUGCUGGGGAGGACACUGAAUGCCAUGCAGCAAAGCUACUGGAAGUUGUCAUACUGCAAUGUAAAGGACGAGGCAUUGAUCAGGUAGUGCCACUGUUCGUGGAAGUGGUGCUGGAAAGGCUGACGCGGGAGGUGGUGUCCAGCGAGCUGCGCACCAUGUGCCUCCAGGUCGUAAUUGCUGCGCUCUACUACAACCCACCCAUGCUGGUCGGUGCCCUCGAGAACAUCCGCCCAUCCAACGGCGCAGAGUCCAUAACAUCUCACUUUGUAACGCGCUGGCUCGACGACACGGACUGCUUUCUCGGGAUCCAUGACCGUAAGAUCUGCAUACUGGGGCUGUGUGCGCUGAUGGAGCUUCAGCAGCGUCCCGAGGCCGUGGGCAGCGUGGCCGCACAGAUAGUGCCCUCGCUGAUCCUGCUCUUCCAGGGCAUCAAGCGCUCCUACGCAAAGCGGGCCGAGGACGAAGCGGAAGGAGACAGCGACGACGAUGAUGAAGACGAUGAGGAAAAUGGCGAGAAUGAACUGGGUAGUGAUGAAGAUGAUAUCAAUGAUGAGGGUCAGGAGUACCUGGACAUGCUCGCCAAAGCCGCCGACGACGAUGACGACGAUGACGACGACGAUGAUGAGUGGGAAGAGGAUGAGACUGCUCUGGAAGAGUAUACCACACCAAUCGAUGAUGAAGACACUGGCAUUGAUGAAUAUCAAGUGUUUAGGGGUGUGUUGCAAGUCUUGGAGCAAAGGGAGCCAGAUUGGUACCGGGCCCUCACCUCGCAUCUGUCUGAGGAGCAGAGGAAGCAGGUGCAGGAGGUGUUUUCUUUGGCAGAACAGCGGAGACUAGCAGCUCAGUCGAAGCAGAUUGAAAAGCAAGGCGGGUACCAGUUCCAAUCCCACGUGGUUCCAUCUUCCUUCAAUUUUAGUGGUGGAACACCAGGCAUCAACUGAAGCAACGCCAAAAGAAGACCACAGGUUUCCUCCUGGUGAUCCCAUCUGCCUGGCCAGGCGACCAGUUUGCCUUACAAAGUAUAAUUGCCAUCCUUGAAUAAAGGGACAGUGGAGACAACACACUUUUGUAUUUUAUCAAAGGUCUAUUGUGAAGUAAAUCCACAUGAGGGCACUUCUGUUUAACAUGCUGUAGCUGCUGGUCUAUCCAAGGGGUUUCUUGUGAUAAGUCGGACACUAACAUUUAAUCAAGCAGGCUGAUGGAAUGUUUAAUUAAUUAAUCAGACGUGAUUAAAUUACUAGAGUUUUGCACUUUUAUUAGCCUGAUACGUAGUAUGCUGAGUGUAAAGCAAAAGGUAUGUACAAUAUUUAGUUUAAUGCAUUUUAGAAAAUGUGGGUGUUUACAUCUGACUGAAUUGUGUACAACACCCGUUAAGAGAGCCAGAGUUUGGUUUUAUUUUCCAUAGACAUACAGACAUCUCCACUGUGGAGGCUUACGUGGGCUUAAAAUUUUUGCAACUGCGUGCAUUGUAGCAACAUACAUCAGUUAAUUCCAAAUAGUAAAAUGCAAACAAAUCUAAAGCAUGCCAGCAUUUUGAAUAAAUUAUAGCAGUGUAAUAAACAUUACCUUACUCCUGUGUCUACCAAGAUAACAUGGUGCUGCAUUGAGCUGGUUUAACAGUGAAAUCUAUGCAGGGAUAAAACUGGUGGGUACAUCCCAGGUGUCUUGAAUAAUGCAUAGUUUAAAAUAUCCAUAACCUAGGUGUGUUGAUACACUUUUGUAUGCUACAAUAGUUUAUACAGAUGCAUGGGGAAAUGGCAUUAUAAGCAGGUACAUAAAAUAUUUCGUUUUAACAAUGUGAAUAUUAUACAGUACCGUAUAUACAGUGAUGUUUUGAGCCGUUGUCUAAUGGGAAGGUGUAGUCAGUAUUAUACGUAAACCUGGAUAAAUUUAAAGACCGUAAAUGAUAAAUUGUGAAAAUAGAAAAAAAAUCCAACAUCUUAAUCCUCUACCUUUUUUAAAAAAAUAGAACAACACUUUGGAUAGGUGUUGAUUUGUACAUACCACCUCAGCAUUGAUAGUGGAAAAGGUACUUGCAAUUUAUUUUAAUUGGAAGAAAAUAUUUUAAGUAAGGACAGACUUGUUCAAUUUUAACUUUCCUUUACCCAUGUGUGAAAAAGUGCAUCUGGCCAGUCAGUACAAAAUGCAAAACAUGGGCCCUUCGGCUAAUUACUGCAUGUGGCUGUGCUGUUAAACUUUGACCUUUAUUGAUUUUUAAUUCCAUGACUCGUUUAGAUUAGACAUCCAACAAUUUUGCAUUCGAUAUCCCCCACAUUUUUCCCAAGAAAGGGGAAUUAGCUAAAAAGGUUCCUUAAAUUACAAUAAUUGGAUGCAUUAAUGGGCGAUAUUUGUAUAUUAUUUGUUGGAUUAGUUACGUGCAUUAUGCAGUAUAUACACAAUGAAUACUUGCGCACAUACUGUACUAUACACCGAUCUGCUGGAAACUGUUUUGGAAUUUCAUUGAAUCCUUAACUUUCAGCAGCUCUAUAACAGAAACAGAUUCAGUCAUGUUUUUUUUAUAAUACAUCCCCCUAUAACUGCUGUCGAACGGGGUAACUGUACAUAACCCACAAUUUGACUGAAUCGUCAGUGACGACUGCAGUGGUGUGAAAAUAAAAGUUGUCGCCUCGA